AUGAACGCAAAUACACCACCAAUCUUCAACUACAAGGCUCCUGAAGACAAAGGAGAUGGAAAAUAUCUCAUUGAGCCAAACUUUCCAUCUACUGGUCCUCUUAAUAAGCACUUGGCAAUUGCAAGGAACUCUGAGAUUCCCAAACUCCUUACGAUCAACGGGGCACUAACAGAGGUCGAGAAUGCAUCAAUACUGUAUCACCACCUAAAAACAAAUGAGAUAGUGUAUCUAGGUACAGAAAGAAACAAUAGAACAACAGCGGGCUACCUAGAUCCGAAAUCCUACCACCAAAAGAGUCCCAAAGCCUACACAGCAGCCAUAAGGGCACAGAAGAUGGCUUUACAGCGUGAUGACAGGAAACCUAGCGAAAGCAAGCUUGAGAUGAUCCUCGGAGGGGGAAGAAGAGCCAAUCCUAGGUGCUAUACGCUUGGGUUUACCGUCAAUCCACAAGCGUUAGCGACCGGUUCGGGCCCUGUGAACAAGGCCAUGCUGGAAAACCAAGCCUAUGUGAUUGAGUUCUUGGGAUCGAUAACAGAAGCUCUUAUUGGGCCUGUGGAGGCUGUUGUUUCAGCAGAAGAGCUAGAGCUUGUUGCUAGGCAGAGGGAAAUCGACGUCCCUUUCACAUUCGGGUCAGCUGCCAACUACUUGUUUGCAAUCACAUCUAUCAGAACAUACACUGAGUUUCCACCCAAGGGAAAAGGAGUCCUUGUUUUCAGAGCCGUGCACCCCCAUUUGAGCAUUGGACCCGCAGAAAUGGAAGAGCAUUCAACUAGAAAGCCUUCGCACUUCGAAAUGCCAGAGGGUGAUGAGGAACUCGAUCCAGCGAGGUAUAUCCAUUCUCGCUGUAUGGCAGUUGGUUAUCCGAAAGAGCGCAUAAUGAAGAAAUCCCCCGAAAUCCAACGGAAUCUUACCCCUCUUCUUUAUAACCAGAGGCCAGAUACCAAGACUAACACUCCAGAGAAACUUCCUGAAGCUCUUUUGGCAUUCGGUACCAAAGAGAACCAAGGUACCUGGUAUGCCAUGGCAGAAGCGAAGAAUCAGGCCCGAAACUUCCAAAACAAUUCGCUAUUUUUACCUUCGACGGCAGCUGAAAUAGCUCACAACCACCGGUAUUAUUCGGAAGAUGGCUCAAUAGCUACCCCUAAUAUCAGUAGGAUUCAAAACACAUUGCUUGGUAAUUCAGCGGCUGCUAAAGACUCUAUGCAUUACAAGAACUGGAAAGCUUCGGAUAAGUUCAACAGGGAGUUGUUGUCUCAAGGUUUCUUUCGCGUGGCAAGGAAAUGCGGAGGUGCUUCAUGGACCAGCAAAGAAGGUCCGAUUGAACUGGUAGAGGAAUCUGAGAUUGGAUCUACAAUCCGGAGACUUGAGCUUGAGUUGGCUGCCAAGACCACAGAAAAUUCAAAGCAAGGAACCUCCACCCAGACGCAAAGAGAGUUCGAAGCAGCCGCCAGGGAGGAAUUCGGCAAGCGCCCAUUCAAAUGCGGCCAUUGCUCUUCACGAUUCCCUGCUAUGAAGAAUUGCGAAAGACAUCAUGUUAAAAAGCAUGCCAAGGAUUAUGAAUGGGAGGCUGUGGAGCUAAGUUUAGAUCCAAAGUCCAUUCCUAUGUCGGGGUCUACAAUCGAAAAUGAAGACAUGGAUAAGGAAGAGAAAGGGGAGGAAGAGAGAGAGGAAGAAGAGGAUAAUAUAGAUGAUCAUAUGGAUGAAGACGUAGGUAAUUCUGAGGAAGAGAAUGAAGAUAGUGACGAGGAGUCAGUUCAUAGAGGCUAA